AUGCCUCCAGGUGGGCCACAGACAAGUGCCUCCAGGUGGGCCAGCAGACAAGUGCCUCCAGGUGGGCCAGCAGACAAGUGCCUCCAGGUGGGCCAGGAGACAAGUGCCUCCAGGUGGGCCAGCAGACAAGUGCCUCCAGGUGGGCCAGCAGACAAGUGCCUCCAGGUGGGCCAGGAGACAAGUGCCUCCAGGUGGGCCAGGAGACAAGUGCCUCCAGGUGAGCCAGCAGACAAGUGCCUCCAGGUGGGCCAUCAGACAAGUGCCUCCAGGUGGGCCAGGAGACAAGUGCCUCCAGGUGGGCCAGCAGACAUGCCUCCAGGUGGGCCAGCAGACAAGUGCCUCCAGGUGGGCCAGCAGACAAGUGCCUCCAGCUGGGCCAGCAGACAAGUGCCUCCAGGUGGGCCAGCAGACAAGUGCCUCCAGGUGGGCCAGCAGACAAGUGCCUCCAGGUGGGCCAGCAGACAAGUGCCUCCAGGUGGGCCAGCAGACAAGUGCCUCCAGGUGGGCCAGGAGACAAGUGCCUCCAGGUGGACCAGGAGACAAGGGCCUCCAGGUGGGCCAGCAGACAAGUGCCUCCAGGUGGGCCAGCAGACAAGUGCCUCCAGGUGGGCCAGGAGACAAGUGCCUCCAGGUGGACCAGGAGACAAGGGCCUCCAGGUGGGCCAGCAGACAAGUGCCUCCAGGUGGGGCCAGCAGACAAGUGCCUCCAGGUGGGCCAGCAGACAAGUGCCUCCAGGUGGGCCAGGAGACAAGUGCCUCCAGGUGGACCAGGAGACAAGGGCCUCCAGGUGGGCCAGCAGACAAGGGCCUCCAGGUGGGCCAGCAGACAAGUGCCUCCAGGUGGGCCAGCAGACAAGUGCCUCCAGGUGGGCCAGGAGAGAAGUGCCUCCAGGUUGGCCAGCAGACAAGGGCCUCCAGGUGGGCCAGCAGACAAGUGCCUCCAGGUGGGCCAGGAGACAAGUGCCUCCAGGUGGACCAGGAGGCAAGGGCCUCCAGGUGGGCCAGCAGACAAGUGCCUCCAGGUGGGCCAGCAGACAAGUGCCUCCAGGUGGGCCAGCAGACAUGCCUCCAGGUUGGCCAUCAGACAAGUGCCUCCAGGUGGGCCAGGAGACAAGUGCCUCCAGGUGGGCCAGCAAGGAAUUAGUGCCUCAAUUUACACAAGUGAUCUUAGCACUCCAAAUUAUAUUUUCCCUUUUUUAA